AUGGCUACAACCUCGGCUAUGCGCGUUCUAACGUUGGAGUCCGUCCUAGCAGCCGGAUCGCAGCUCAGUAUUCGCUAUACCUACGGUAAACACCGGUUUUCUCUCUCCUACUGGUAUGACUUCGAUCUCGAAAGUUUGGACGGAAUUUACGGAAGUGAUUUUGUGGAGAAGGUUUUCACUCACAUCGCCGCGUUUUCAAUAUUUCCUCUGUGCAGCUUGAAGCCCGACGUAGUGGACUGGGGACCAUACUCUCGUUGGCAUACUCCUGAAUUUGAGCGCGUGUGGAACAGGGCGUGGAGUGGACUAUCAGGACAAUGGCGCUACGAGAACGACAUACCGCACACGACCGCACCGGGAUUUGUUUCGAAGCCCUCGCCUUCUGCUAUAAAUUCAAUUGCCAUUGAGCCCCUCACAACCACAACUACAUUGGCUUUCUUUGGUGGAGGAAAAGAUAGCCUUGUCAUGUGCGAGCUUCUCUCCAGGGCAGGCAUACCUUUCUCUAGUUUGUCGUUCUCUCACACGGUCUUCGGUCGCACUGCCGUCCAGCAUGAGCUCUGUGAAAAGGUGCUAAAUGUGCUGCAAUCGGAAUACCACAAACAUCACCACAAGUUAUGCGUACUUGAUGACCUUCUCGAGAGUCCAGCUUUGGAGAGUAUCGGCAAAGAAGUUGGGGUAAAAACAUUCAUCCUUGGUGAUAUAACGGCGGUGUUGUUCUCCUCUUUACCCAUCCUGCUUUACUACCGCUACACAAACAUCACCAUUGGGAGUGAACGCGGCUCCAAUGCGGGUAACUUGGUGUGGGACCGCACGGGCGAGGAAAUAAACCACCAGUGGCUGAAGUCAACUGAGUCAGUGAGCCUUUUUGAUGAUUACAUACAGCAGGCCCUAAUUACCAAUGCCCACUACUUCAGCCUGUUGGUACCGGUCUAUGACGCAGUAAUCUAUAGUGUGGCUACGAGCCAACUUGAAGCUGCCACCUUUACUCACUCUUGCAAUUUCGUAAAGCCCUGGUGCAAGCGUUGUCCAAAGUGUUGCUACGUUUGGCUCAUGUUCAUGGCUUUCUUCCCACGUGAUGUAGUGGAUGAAAUGUUCCAAGGUGCAAAUCUGUUAGAUAUUCCGCAAAACGAGAUACAUUUUGUGCAGAUGCUUGGGCUUGGUUCAAACAAGCCUUUUGAAUGUGUCGGAGAUUUUGACGAGGUGAAACUUGGUUUUGAGUUAAGUCGAAGGAAAGGGCUUCAGGGUAAGGCGAUGGAGAUAUUCAAGGAAAAGCUUCUUGGAACAAUCGAUGAGAAAGCUUUGACUUCUCUAAUAACCAAGUACACCACAGUGUAUUCUUCUGAAUCCAGUAACAUUCCACCUGCAGUAUGGGAUCGCCUGCUACCGAUACUCGAACAGGCGGGAGAUGAUGCACGAACCAAAAUUGAAGCUCAAAUCAAGAGCUAA